UCCUCAGCUUUUCCCAAUUGCUACCAUCACUACCGCCAUUUUCGAAGAGACACAGUUGAGAAGCAGUUGACAGUUCUUCACCGGAGCAAAAAUCUAGCUUCGCAAAGAGAAAGCUCGCGACUGAACCGGUAUUAAUGGCGGAUUCCGAGAACCGCAAUCCCUGGGUUCUUAAUUUUCAGAAGUUGGGCUUGGAGUUCAAAUGCCCUCUCUGCUUAAGUUUGUUCAAUCGACCGACGCUACUCCCGUGCGAUCACGUAUUCUGCAGGUCUUGUAUACCUGGCGCCAAUCAGUUCGGUGCAGAUUGCCCUGUCUGUAAAGCACACUUUGUAAAUAUAGAUCUGAGGAAUUUGCCUUUCAUGGAAAAUAUGUUGACAAUUUAUAAAUGCUUGGACGCCACUUUUUCUGCUAAAUUGUUUCAGCCGGCUCAUUCAGAGGUUGAAAGGGUUUCAAUGCAUAGCCCCGCCUCGAGUACUAUCCGGUUUGGUGAUAAAAUGAGUGAGGAAUUACGUGAAAACGCUCAUGGGGAUAAUUCACGUAGUGGGAAUUAUAUUGGCAAACAAGUUGGGGUUGACGAGAAUGGCAAAGUUGAAAACCGAGAAUGUAAGAGGAAUGAUAAAGGAAUUGAAUUUAGUGGUGCUGGGAAUCCCAAUUUAUCAUCACCGAGAUCUCAUAUGAGAGGUGGAGGGACUGAAGGGUGUAAGGCUGUGGACAUGGAUAUAAAUCCAGUCCCCCAAUCAUCACCAGAUAUUCGUAGAUCAUUCGGUCGUGCCAGAGGUUCAGAUAAUGAUAGCAAUUAUCGAUGUAGUGAGCAUAGGUCAGAAAAUUCUUUGUUUAGAAGAUCAAGCCGGGGGAACAAUGGUUCUGUAAUAGGCAAGAUCAGUUUUGGCUUUGAGAAGGAUGGUAAUUUUAGGGGAGUAAAGAGACAGAAGCAAUUGAACUAUGGGCCAGCACAGCUGGGCCUGGGCAGUGCUGAUCACAUUCAAUCAGUUUCCAACUCUGGAGCUUUGAUGACUAACUUAGAGCCCGAACUUCCGACAACGUCACAAGCUAGUGUGGCGGGGCCUAAAGUUUUGGAUGGCCAGUUUGCAAAUGAAACUAUUUGUGCAUUUUGCUAUUCCUCUGAAAUCUCGGAGGAUACAGGGACAAUGUUACAUUUUUCUAAUGGGAAAUCGGUUGUAGGUUAUGAGGCAACGCUUCCAAAUGUCAUACAUGCUCACAAAGUGUGCGUUGGCUGGGCUCCACGAGUGUACUACGUUGAUGAUAGAGUUAAGAAUUUGAAGGAAGAAGUAGCAAGGGGAGCAAAGCUCAAGUGUUCCGGAUGUGGGAAAAAAGGAGCAGCUUUAGGAUGCUAUGUGAGAUCCUGUCGGAGAAGCUAUCACGCUCCUUGUGCAAUGAAAGUCCCAAAAUGUCGUUGGGCUUAUGAAGACUAUCUAAUGCUCUGUCCAGAUCAUUCUUCAGUUAGAUUCCCUAAUGAAAAGUCAAAGUCUUGGGACAAUGUCUCUAAAGUUCGUGACAUGCCUUCUAUAGUGAGUUGUCCGCUAUCCAAUUCGGCACCUUUACCAGAUGGAGAAAGAAAAUUGUUUUUUUGUGGUUCUGCUUUGUCUGCUGAAGAGAAGAUUCUUUUGGUCAAGUUUGGUACAAUAAAUGGUGCCACUGUGUCAAAGUUCUGGAACCCAAACGUAACACAUGUGAUUGUGGCCACGAAUGAUGUGGGUGCUUGCACGCGAACAUUUAAAUUUCUCAUGGCGAUUUUGACUGGAAAAUGGAUUGUUAAAGUUGACUGGAUAAAAGCAUGCAUGGGGGCAAAGUGUCAUGUGAAUGAAGAACCUUAUGAAGUCAGUCUCGACAACUAUGGCUGCCGUAAUGGUCCAUUGUCUGGCAGGGGCAGAGCAUCAAAAAAUGCACCUAAGCUCUUUAGUGGCUUGAAUUUCUAUUUUGCGGGUGACUUCCUGGCAUCUCACAAGGAAGACCUCCAAGAUUUGGUGAUAGCUGCCGGAGGGACCGUCUUGAAAAGCAAGGAAGAAUUGGUUGCCCAAAGUGGUGAAGGGGCAGCUCCUACUCCACGGGCAUUAGCCGUAUACAAUGAUGACCCGCCAGAAGGGUGCAGACUAGGGGAAGAAGUAGCAAUCCUGUUUCAAAGGUUAAGUGAGGCAGAGGAUAUAGCUUUCCAAACUGGAUCCAAAGUUAUUGGUCACACUUGGCUGUUGGAGUCCAUUGCAGGACACAAAUUGCAAGAGCAUUUGUAACAAAUGUAAAAUUCUUUUGCUAGUCAUAGUUAAAAGUUGAUUCCAAGCAAAAAUAAAGGAUCAAGUUAGGAUCCCUAACCUAUACGCGCUUUGGCAUCAUCCCUGUGGCUAGAACCAAUUAGUUUGUUAAAACUUGCGCUCGCAACUUGUUUUGAUGAAGGAAACACCAAUAGACUGAUAUGUAAAACUAGCAUUUUCUUGAUAUUAAAAUUUUUGUCGGGAUGGGAUGUGAUGUAA